AUGACAACUUCAGAGGGGAUCUACGCGUCGUUCCCGGGGCCCAGCGGUGGCGGGGAGCGCGCCCUGACCAAGCCAGCCGAGGGGGUGAAGAACAGCGGUUUCGACAAUGUGAACUCGGACCUAAUAAUGCACGUGAACGACGUGCUCGUGAGCGAGGAGAGCGGCCGCAGGUACCAUGUCAUGGACGCCGUCGGCCAGGGGACCUUCGGGCAGGUGGUGAAGUGCUGGUCGCAGGAGACGCAGGGCCUGGUCGCCGUCAAGGUGAUAAAGAACCAGGAAGCAUAUUACCACCAGGCGCGGGUGGAGGUGGGCAUCCUGCGGCUGCUGAACGAGCGCUACGACACCGAGCGCCACAACAUCGUGCGGCUGCUCGACUUUUUCCGCUUCCGCGACCACCUGUGCCUGGUCUUCGAGCUGCUGGACACCAACCUGUACGAGCUGCUCAAGCGGAAUGGCUACCGGGGGCUGUCGCUGCAGCUGGUGCGAUUCUUUCUCAAGCAGAUGCUGGACUGCCUCGCGAUGCUCAGGGACGAGAGGAUCAUCCACUGCGACCUGAAGCCCGAGAACGUGCUGCUGAGGGACCAGACGUCCGGCAGGAUCAAAAUCAUCGACUUCGGGUCCGCGUGCCUGGAGCACAAGACGGUGUACUCGUACAUUCAGAGCCGCUUCUACCGAUCGCCAGAGGUCGUGCUAGGAUACCCCUACACCACCGCCAUUGACAUGUGGUCUCUGGGCUGCGUCGCGGCUGAGCUGUUUCUGGGCUUGCCACUGUUUCCCGCAGCCUCAGAGAGGGACCUAUUGGCACGGCUGUAUGAGAUGCUGGGCCCACCACCCGAAUCGAUAUUGAGAGUGGCAAAGCACUGCAAGACGUACUUCAAGGAAACAGAAGUGGUUGUGGACGGGCGUAAGAAGAUGCAGCACGAGUUGCUGUCAGAGGAGGAGUUUGAAGCAAGGAACAAUGCCAAGAGCCCAUCUGGCAAGCGGUAUUUCAUGCAUGCAAAGCUGGCGGAUAUCAUCGGCGCAUACCCCAUGAAAUCAGGGAUCAGCGAUAAAGAGGUGCAGGAGGAGCAGGAUUGCAGGAAAUGUUUCGUGGACUUUCUCUUGGGCAUUCUGGAGGUGGAUGCACAUGCACGCUGGACACCCCAUCAGGCUGCUUUGCAUCCCUUCAUAUCUGGCGACCGCUUCACAGGGCCCUUCCAACCUCCACCAGCACCAGAUUCAAGGUCGCACACCCAUCCUGUGGGCAUCCAGGACCCAAGAGCGGCGCGAGGCCACUCCUACAGCUGGCAUGCAGAUGCCUUUCAGGCUCAUUCUGCAACAGCAGGCUACUUUCCAUCUCCUGCCCAUGCCCAGGCCCAUGCACAGGCUCAUGCCAUAGCCAUGGCCACUGUGCAGCAGCUGAGUCCGCAGAUGAGUCCCCACUUCGGCUCCAACAAUGUGCCUGGCGGCCUUGGAAUGUUGACAGGAACACCCGAUGACGCACUGCUGUCGUCAACCUUGCAGCCCCAACCUGCGACCGGCACAAAGGGUGCAGAGGCAACCAAUGGUGCAAUGCAGCAGGGUCGAGCAGAGCCAGCUGCGCGGCCCCCCGUGCUGCCUUGCCUGCCCCCAAGGCAGCUGAGCAGCAUCCUGACAGGCCACGGUCUGAGUCCACGGACAUUCGGGACUGCACCAUAUGCGCAGUCCAUGCCGAACAGCCAAAUGAGCCCCAUGUAUCUAGACAGAAUCGCAGCGGUGGCUGGGGCAGCAGCAGCUGCUGCAGAGGAAUCUGUGAGACAGCAAUUGGGCUCUCUGACGGGGCUGGGGCCAAUGAUUGCUGACCCUUCUGUGGACAAACCUCCUCCGCAUCCAGCCCCUCUCGGGCUGUUGCCAGACUUCAGUCCUAGAGUGGUGGGCUUUCGGUUGCCGGAUGCCAACUGCAGAUUUGACACAGUGGAAACUGUGCCUGGCCAGUCAGCCAGCCACCAGCCAAGUGGGGAAGUCUCUCCUUUGGCUGUUGACAGUGCGCAGACAAGCUCUUGGGUGGAGCUGAAGAUGGGUAUCAAGCUUGGGGAAGACAGCGGGGAGUGGGAUGGUGGCGAAUGUCCAACCUCCAGGAUAUAUGAUGAAGAUGAUGGCACAACAGUGGAAGAGUACAGUCCUAGCCCAGGGGACUGGGAUCCCAAUUACAGCGAUAUUGAGUUCCUUCAUUCACCUGGGAGAGAGGGCGCCCUUGACUGGGAUGUCGAUCAGCAUGGCCACGUGCCGUAUCAUCCACGCAUCGGCAUUCCGUUAGCCAUCCCAGGAGCUGGGUACUGCCCUGCUGGUAUGCCAGACCCCGGAUCGCCAACAUCGUCUUGGCAGGUGUCACAGAAUGUGGCCAAUCAGCAGGUAGGCGCAGGCGUACACGUGGAUGGUCAGGCAGCUGCUGAGAAUGGGGCAGAUCAUGGGGGCAGCAAAAACCGACCAAAGCGUGGCAGGUCAUCUGGCGCGGUGCUGGGCGGCCCACAGAAUGCCUGGGGAUCUGGACAAGGCCCACAGCACUUCCGGUUUGCAACGAACGAAGGCCUGCCCUUUUUGACCUGCACAAUGGACAGUCCGAGGACAUCUGCCUAUGUGCCUGGCCAGGCACCACAUGCCCUGCAGGCCUCUGGGUGGCCUGCUGGGACACAACCCUCUCGGCUUAGUGAGAGCAGUGUCAGGGCACUGGACGCUGCAAACGGUUCUUUCCAGUCGGGUUUGAGCCCCACCGCAGAGGUUUGCAGCUGGAUGGGGAGCCCGGAGAUUAACACAGGGCUAUGCAUGAAUACAUCCGGUGGCAUUCCUGGGGAUUAUGCUGCAGCCAUGGGGGCAGCUCAAGGCCAUGCUGGACCCAAUUUUGUUGGAACUCCAACGAGAGGGGGGUGCUCCAGUGCUGCGGGGACUCCCAGGGGGCCUCAAAUUGGGACUCCCUGGGGAAGUCACCUGGAUGGGGUGCAGCAGGAACAACGGAGGGCACAGGUGCGUAACGGACCGCAGAUGCACAGGCCUGCCCCUAUCCACCCCACGGCAGGGUCUGAGCACAGCAGCUAUGUCUGGGGAUCCCGUGACAGCUCAUUGGGGCCAGACGAUCCCCAUUGCAUUAUGGAUGGGCAUGAGGUGCUCCGCAAUGAGUCUCCCAUGCGGAUUCCCCAGGAGGGCCAGGUUGUUGGACCAACAGGGGCCAUGGCAGAGGUGCACCGGGGCCAGCAGCAUUGGCGCCGUGGAGAUGCUCAGCGCUCAAGGUACAGAGCAAACAGCGACAGCUUCAGCAGGCCUGCUGGAAUGUCUGUUGGAAACGGGAAGAGCCGGUCUAUGGACUGUGGCAGUGGGCAGCAGAGACCGCCGCUGAAUGGCGCUGGGGGUCAGGGAAACUGGCUGCAUCCUCAGCAUCGUCAGAGGUCUUCCAACGGCAGUGACGCAGGUCAGGGAGGGUCAGGUCAGGUAGACUCAGAAGUGCACAGGGCAGGCAGUCAAUGGGAGCAGUCGUCACAUGAGAAGGCACAUGGAUGUGCGAAACAGCAUGCAGCUGGGGCCCACAGAGUUCUGUCAAGGUUGCGCACAGGCCGCCGCUCCUCAGGCUCAGGUCAGAUGGAUCAGCCGACUCCUGAGCAUAGACAGUCGAGUAGCCAGGGAUUUGUAGGAGAUGUGAGGGAAAGCCGGACUGGUGUGGGUACCCUGCAGCGAGUUUCUGGUACUGAAGAAAUUCGUGCUGGGAGCGGUGGUGGCGACUUUUCUUUUCAACGUUAG